AUGGUAGCUCCCACCAAGAGAAAGAGAGAUGACGAGUUUCCACUUUCGAGGGAAGAUUCCACAACGCAGCCCUCUACCUCAUCGUUGGUAAGGAACACUGAGGAAGUCUCUUUUCCAAGAGGUGGUGCUUCUGCUUUAACUCCUUUAGAACUAAAACAAGUUGCUAACGAAGCUGCAAGUGAUGUGUUAUUUGGUAAUGAAAAUGUCAAAGCAUCUGAACCAACAAGUAGACCCUUGAAAAAGAAGAAAACAACCAAGAAAGCUACUUCUAAAGAUUCUGAAACAUCGUCGGCCAACUCUGAUGAAGCAAAAGUUGGACUAGUUGAACAUGUCAACUUCAAAACCUUGAAGAAUGGCUCUUCUUUACUAGGUCAAAUUUCUGGUAUCACUAAGCAAGAUUUAUGUAUAACAUUCACCGAUGGCAUCUCUGGUUAUGUGAACCUAACACAUAUCUCGGAGGAAUUCACCUCGAUCUUGGAAGAUCUCGAUGAAGAUAUGGACGGUGAUGUUGAUGCUGCUGAUGAGAAAAAAUCUAAAGUCGAUGACGCAGAAUACGAAUCAUCCGACGAUGAAGAUGAAAAAUUGGACAAAUCUAAUGAAUUACCUAAUUUAAGAAGGUACUUUCACGUUGGCCAAUGGUUAAGAUGCUCUGUCAUCAAGAAUACCUCUUUAGAAUCAUCAACUAAGAAAUCCAAAAAGAAGAGAAUAGAAUUAACCAUCGAACCUUCAUUCGUCAACACAUACGCAGAUGAAGAUUUGGUUAAGUCCACGUCUAUUCAAUGUGCGGUCAAAUCCAUCGAGGAUCAUGGUGCUAUCCUGGAUGUGGGUCUCUCAGGCUUUACAGGGUUUAUUGCUAAGAAGGAUUUCGGUAAUUUUGAAAACUUAUUGCCAGGUGCUGUUUUCUUGGGCAAUAUCACCAAAAAAUCUGAUAGGUCGAUUGUUGUAAAUACAGACUUUUCAGACAAAAAAAACAAAAUUAGUCAAAUUUCUUCAGUUGACGCCAUUAUUCCUGGACAAAUUGUCGACAUAUUAUGUGAAUCUAUCACUAAGAAUGGUAUUGUCGGUAAAGUUUUUGGGUUAGUAUCUGGUGUUGUUAACGUAUCACAUUUAAGAACAUUUUCCGAGGAAGAUUUAAAGCAUAAAUUUGCCAUCGGUUCUAGUAUUAGAUGUCGAAUUAUUGCUUGUUUAGAAAACAAAAGUGGUGAAAAGGUCUUGAUUUUGUCAAACCUUCCACACAUCUUGAGACUAGAAGACGCUUUGAAAUCUACCGAGGGUCUUGAUGCGUUCCCUAUCGGCUACACAUUUGAAUCAUGUAGCAUUAAAGGCCGUGAUUCGGAAUAUUUAUACUUGGCAUUGGAUGAUGACAGAUUAGGUAAAGUACAUUCUUCCAGAGUUGGUGAAAUUGAAAAUUCAGAGAAUUUAAGUUCCAGGGUCCUUGGUUACAGCCCUGUUGAUGAUAUUUAUCAAUUAUCAACUGAUCCGAAGUACCUAAAAUUAAAGUAUCUAAGGACGAAUGAUAUUCCAAUUGGGGAAUUGAUACCCAGUUGUGAAAUUACUUCCGUCUCUAGCUCGGGUAUUGAAUUAAAGAUAUUUAAUGGGCAAUUUAAAGCUUCUGUUCCACCGCUACAUAUCUCAGAUACUAGACUAGUUUAUCCAGAAAGAAAAUUCAAGAUAGGUUCUAAAGUUAAAGGUAGAGUUAUAUCAGUCAAUUCAAGAGGUAAUGUGCAUGUCACUUUAAAAAAAUCAUUAGUCAACAUAGAAGACAACGAAUUACCAUUAGUUUCCACUUAUGAAAACGCAAAAAAUAUCAAAGAAAAAAACGAAAAAACUUUAGCAACUGUUCAAGUUUUCAAGGCAAACGGUUGUAUCAUUUCCUUUUUUGGUGGUUUAUCGGGAUUCUUGCCCAAUUCUGAAAUUUCAGAAGUCUUCGUGAAGAGGCCAGAGGAACAUCUAAGACUUGGUCAAACGGUAGUAGUAAAACUUCUUGACGUUGAUGCUGACAGGAGGAGAAUUAUUGCCACAUGCAAAGUUUCAAAUGAGCAAGCUACUCAACAAAAAGAUACUAUUGAAAAUAUUAUUCCAGGUAGAACAAUUAUUACUGUCGACGUUAUCGAAAAGACCAAAGAUUCUGUUAUCGUUGAAAUCCCAGAUGUUGGCUUACGUGGUGUCAUCUACGCUGGCCAUAUUUCUGAUGCCAGAAUUGAACAAAAUAGGGCUCAAUUGAAAAAGCUCAGAAUUGGUACCGAACUGACUGGUUUAGUAAUCGACAAAGAUACAAGAACCCACGUCUUCAAUAUGACCCUUAAAAGUUCUUUAAUUAAAGACGCUAAAAAAGAAACUCUUCCAUUAACGUAUGAUGACGUUAAGGAUAAAAAAAAAGAUAUUCCAAUGCACGCUUACAUUAAAUCCAUUUCUGAUAAAGGUCUUUUUGUUGCCUUUAACGGUAAGUUCAUCGGGUUGGUUUUACCAAGUUACGCUGUUGAUAGUAGGGAUAUUGAUAUUAGUAAGACUUUUUAUAUUAACCAGUCUGUUACUGUCUAUUUAUUGAGAAUAGACGAUCAAAACCAGAAAUUCUUAUUAUCUUUGAAAGCUCCAAAGGUCAAAGAAGAGAAAAAGAAAGUUGAAUCUAAUAUCGAAGAUGCUAUUGAUCCAUCGAUCAAAAGCUGGGAUGACUUGUCUAUUGGUAGUAUCGUUAGAGCGAAAAUCAAGAGUGUCAAGAAGAACCAAUUGAAUGUCAUUUUAGCUUCAAACUUGCACGGUAGAGUUGACAUUGCUGAAGUGUUUGACACGUAUGAAGAAAUUAAGGAUAAGAAACAACCUUUGAGUAAUUACAAGAAAGACGACAUUAUUGAAGUUAAAAUCAUAGGUAACCACGAUGUCAAGAGCCAUAAGUUUUUGCCGAUUACACACAGAAUCUCAAAGGCUAGCAUUUUGGAAUUAUCCAUAAAACCAUCAGAAUUAAAAUCCAAGGAAGUGCACACCAAAACUCUUGAGGAGAUCAAUAUUGGGGAAGACUUAACUGGUUUCGUCAACAAUUCAUCAGGUAACCACUUAUGGUUGACAAUUUCUCCAGUUUUGAAGGCUAGGAUUUCCCUACUAGAUCUAGCUGAUGACAAUGUCAACUUAUCAGAAACUAUUGAAUCCGUUUUCCCAUUAGGUUCAGCCCUUCAAGUAAAGGUUGCUUCUAUUGAUCGCGAGCAUGGCUUUGUCAACGCCAUUGGAAAAGCCCAUGUUGACAUAAAUAUGACCACAAUCAAAGUUGGCGAUGAAUUCCCGGGUCGUGUUUUGAAAAUAGCUGAAAAAUAUGUUUUAUUAGAUCUUGGUAACAAGGUGACAGGUAUUUCCUUCAUUACGGACGCGCUAAAUGACUUCUCCUUAUCAUUGAAGGAAGGUUUUGGAGACAAAAUCAACAAUGUUAUUCCAACUACUGUUCUGGCAGUUGAUGCAGAAAAUAAGAAAAUAGAACUAUCCCUUCGUUCUGCUGCUGCAAAAACUCGUUCGAUUAAAUCUCAUGAAGAUUUGAAACAAGGCGAUAUUGUAGAUGGUAUUAUUAAGAGUGUGAAUGACAAAGGUAUUUUUGUUUACUUGAGUAGGAAAGUUGAAGCCUUUGUCCCUGUUAGUAAAUUAUCUGAUUCUUAUUUGAAGGAGUGGAAAAAGUUUUACAAGCCAAUGCAGUACGUUCUGGGCAAGGUUGUCACUUGCGAUGAAGAUUCCCGUAUUUCUCUGACCCUUAGAGAGUCCGAAAUAAAUGGCGAUUUGAAGGUUUUGAAGGCCUAUUCGGAUAUCAAAGCUGGUGAUGUUUUCGAUGGUACUGUAAAAAACGUCACUGAUUUUGGUGUUUUUGUCAAACUAGAUAACACAGUUAAUGUUACGGGUUUGGCUCACAUUACUGAAAUCGCAGACAAAAAACCUGAAGAUCUUUCUGCCCUAUUUGGUGUUGGUGACAGAGUAAAAGCCAUUGUCUUAAAAACAAAUCUGGAAAAAAAGCAAAUUUCCUUGAGCUUGAAGGCGUCUCAUUUCUCUAAAGAAGCCGAAUUGCCUUCCACUACUACAGGCCAACCAGAAAAGGAGGAUGAGGAUGAGGAUGAGGUCAUGGCUGAUGCUGAUUUUAACGAUUCCGACAACGAAUCUGAUAUCGGGGACCAAAAUGCCGUAGUUACCGAUAAGAAGACUGAAAUAUCCUCGGAUGGGUUGUCCUUGAGUGCUGGAUUUGAUUGGACUGCAUCCAUUUUGGAUCAAGCACAAGAAGAAGAGUCUGAAGAAGAUCAAGAAGAUUUUACUGAAAACAGAAAGCACAAACACAAGAGAAGAAAGGAAAAAGUUGUUCAGGAUAAGACCAUUGAUAUCAACACUAGGGCACCCGAAUCUGUUGCAGACUUUGAACGUCUACUCAUCGGUAAUCCAAACUCUUCGGUAGUGUGGAUGAACUAUAUGGCUUUUCAAUUGCAACUGAGUGAAAUUGAGAAGGCACGAGAACUCGCAGAACGUGCAUUGAAGACCAUCAACUUCAGAGAAGAAGCCGAGAAGUUGAAUAUUUGGAUUGCGAUGCUGAAUUUGGAAAAUACUUUUGGUACCGAAGAAACUUUAGAAGAUGUGUUUAGCAGAGCUUGUCAGUAUAUGGACUCUUAUAUUAUUCAUACAAAACUACUUGGUAUUUAUGAAAUAAGUGAAAAGUUUGACAAAGCUGCAGAGUUGUUCAAAGCUACAGCUAAAAAAUUUGGUAGUGAAAAAGUUUCUAUCUGGGUAUCCUGGGGUGAUUUCUUGAUAAGCCACAAUGAAGAGCAAGAGGCACGUACGAUUUUGGGCAAUGCUUUGAAGGCCUUAGCAAAGCGUAAUCAUAUCGAAGUUGUCCGUAAGUUUGCUCAAUUGGAAUUUGCAAAGGGUGAUCCAGAAAGGGGUCGCUCGUUAUUCGAAGGUUUGGUUGCUGAUGCACCAAAGAGAAUUGACUUAUGGAACGUUUAUGUAGACCAAGAGGUAAAGGCAAAGGAUAAGAAAAAGGUGGAAGAUUUAUUUGAGAGGAUAAUAACCAAAAAGAUAACAAGGAAGCAAGCCAAAUUCUUCUUUAAUAAAUGGUUGCAAUUUGAAGAAUCUCAAGGUGACGAAAAGACCAUUGAAUACGUCAAAGCUAAAGCUACUGAGUAUGUCGCCAGCCAUGACGUACCAAAAACAGACGAGUAA